AAAGUCAAAAAAGAGAUUUUCACAAAAAGGAAAUUCCCAACCCUUUACCAUUUUUCUUGUUCAAAGCAAAAUCUCAUCACGUUUACAGAAAAUUGAUCAAAGAAAGUGAAAAUCAAACACAAAAAUCCCAAAAAUUUCUUCAAUUUCAUAGUUUUUUCUCCAAAACCCAUCUUCCCCUUUUCAAAUCUACUUGAUUCUCAAACCCUAAUUCAUAAAUUCUCCUUAAAUUUUGCAUAUUGAGUUUCAAAAAUGGUGUUUUUGGAACCUUAAUUUUCAAGAUUUGGAGGAGGACCAUGAUGAGAAGUAUAUGGUGGUGGGAGAAAAACCAUGAUUUCCUACUACCCAUUUUGAGUUAUUGUAAGAUUCAAUCAAAAUCGACUGGUUUAGUUGUGAAUGGAAUCGAAGAAAGUAGCUUCAUCUGGGGAAAUUCAGAAUAAAAAAGAGAAAAACUUGAAGAUCAUACAGUGGGAAGAUUAUGAACAGGAAUUAGUUCGUUUGUGUAGUCUUACAUCUGCUCUUAAUGAAGCUAAGGAGAAGAAAGAAUUGGUUCAGCAGAAACUGCAGUCAUUUAUACAGCGGGUGGCGAUAUGGUUCUCAGGUAGAAGCAGAGUCACUAAGUCGUUUGAAUGAGCUUGAUGAGAUGAAAGAAAAACUGGAUUCUAGAAAAUUAGUGAUGGGAAACAUGUCAAUGCAUUCUAAAGUUGUCAAAGAGAAAGUCAAGAAGCAAGAGGAGCAACUUAGUAAUGACAUCAGGUCACUUUUGGUUGCAGGGACUUCUCUUUCUGCAGCUAGCAAGCGCUUGCAGGAUGAAAGUAGGUCCCUAGCUGGAGAAAGGGGUUAUGGGCAACUCAGAACCUUGCAGAGAGUAUUCAGAACGAGACAACAGUAUAUGGUGUCUCAAGUUCACAUGCUUUAUCCUGUGAGGGUUGCAAUUGGACAGGCACCUGAGCAAGAACUUGAAUUUUUCAACAAUAGUUCCAGCUCAGGUGACUCUGCUGGGUCAAAACCUUUAGAUCACGGAUCCUUGACCAUUGCGGGUCUACAUUUAACCGUGUUCACUAAGAUGAGUUUCUUUACUGAUAAGAAGGAGGUUCAGAGGUCUGCAACUGCUCUGGGAUAUGUUGCACAUGUGGUCACACUUAUUGCAUCUUAUUUACAAGUUCCUCUUCGUUAUCCCUUGAGGUUUGGAGGAUCUCGAUCAUAUAUCCGUGAUUAUGCUCCUUCAGUAGAGCCAUCAUCAUCUGAUUUAACAUCUAGUUCCGCAGUUUCCACAAAUUCACGGCCCGUGGAAUUUCCUCUAUUUUUAGAAGGCCAAGACUCAACAAGAGCGGCGUAUGCUGUUUUCUUGCUGAAUAAGGAUAUAGAACAACUUCUUAAUUAUAUUGGAGGCAGAAGUAUAGGGCCAAGACAUGUACUAGCUAAUUUGAAAGAGCUUCUUAGAAUAAUACUUUCUCCAGAGUAUAUAGACACAUCAUUAUGAGAUUUAUGUAAAUGUAGAUCAUUGUUAUUUUUAUACAGGUGCUAAAUUUUCACUUAAAGCACCUUGCAUUAACAUACACUUUUGUCUAUUUAUUUCAUUGAAUCUUUAAUUAUUUUUUUUUA